AUGAGCUAUAACAUACAGUCGAUACCAACAACAAUAGUGCCCAGCACAAACCUGGGAUCGAGAAAAAAAGUUCUGCCAGAAUAUAUUAAAAAGAUAGUAGAUAAGUACUCAGUGAAAAUACUGAUACUGCAGGAACUCUUUGAUAAAUCGCUGUACAGUGAAGUAAAAAAGGCACUGGAAGACGUACUUCCAUACUCAACAGGAGUAAUAGGAGUGAAGAAGGAGUACACAAACUGGACGAGCUCCAUGGACUGCUCACAAAUGCCAAUCAGACUGAUGAACGGAGGAACGUGCAUGUUCUCAAAGUACAAAAUAGUGGAAAAGCACCAGAUGGUCUUCAGAAACUCAAGAAACACAUGCUCACUGGCAGCGAAAGGAGCGUGUCUGGCAGUGCUGAGCAAAGGAGAUAAGCUGAUCAACGUGAUAGGAACGCACCUGCAGGCGUACGAAGGGCCGAGCAUGGAAAUCAGGAAGAUGCAGUACCUGGAAAUCCUUAUCUGGCUGGAAAAACUGUUCAGCAAGAAGGUGGAGUCGCCGCACUACUACGCAGUGAGCAGAGAAAACAAAAUAGUGUUGGCAGGAGACUUAAACACGUGCUGCGUUAACCACAAGCCGGACUUCGACAUCAUGCUCUCGCAGAGCAGAAUGAGCAGCUUCGUGCGCUUCGAGCUGACGAUGACGAAGGAGAACAUGGACCCGACCUACUGCACGCACACCAACGACUACUGCAAACUCUCGAACUCGGAGGAAAUCUCGCACAUCUAUGACUACAUCUUCGUGGGACCUGAGGUGAAGGUGCUGCAGCCGCAGAGGAGCGUGCGCGACAGGCUGAAGACGCCGGUGCUCGUGAGGAGGUUCUACCUGCACUGCAUAGGCACGGCGAAGAGGAAGGUCUACAACCCGAGCGACCACUUCCCAAUCUACGCAGUGCUGGACGUGUAG